AUGUUACAACUCACCCCCACUCACUAUGCGCAACGUCCUCGUUGCGCACCUGGAUCGUCACCCCCUGACGGUAGCCCGCAGGCCCAUCUCGGCCCGUGGACGGUUGAAGAGAUCUCGAGUUUGCAUCAUCAAGUGAAAGAGAAUUUGGAGAAAUCUACGGAGAAGUAUAAGGCUGCUGUUGAUGUUUAUCGUCGAGAGGUCCAAUUCAAUGUUGGUGAUCUUGUGUGA